AUGCCUACCUUGCGCUUCACUUUUCGAAAGUCUCACAUCACUACUCAGACACCUUGGGUUCAAUAUUGCUGGUGCUUGUGCUUGCCCCUUGUCAACUUCUGCAUUCAACUCUACACAUUCUACGCAAUUUUGUUAUCUUGUUUAUACACUCGGGUCACGCUCAGCAAUCAAAAAGUUUGGCAUGUUUUCAUAAAGGAAGGUUCGAUGGAAGACUUUCAUUUUGUCUGCAACAUCUCGGUCAUAUCCACAGGCUUGAUUUGGGUGUACUUGUGGUUUGGGUCCAGUGUCAAAAUCUUGGAUGCGUACUACACAAUCAUGGCAGUUUCUUUGGUUCAUUUUGGUGUUGUUUUGCUAGUACAGUUGAAAGGGCCCCUACUGAAAAGUUCUACAAGGUCCUUGGUCCGAUUAGUAUCCAACCCAAGAUUCAGUAUGGAUGAAAAGCCAAUCAUCUCAUUUUUGAAAAAAGACAAUACCGGUAUGUUUAUAUACACGGGUGUUUUGAUUGAUUCAAGAGUUAGCUGCUUCAAGGUGACAUUGUUGGUCUACUAUGCUGCGUUGAAUCUAGUAGAGGCUGUCGGUCCUAGAUCAAAAAGACGCUCCAUCAUUAGUACAGGAUAUUUUGUACUUGGAAUUUUAGAGAAUGUGGUUCUAGCUAUCUUUUGGUACGAAUCGUUCAAGUUAUUGCAAAUUAACAAAGCAAUCUGUUAUACAUUAAUGUAUUUGUUGAGACUUGAAGAGUUGGGACCUACAAGAAAAUCGUUAAAAGGAUUGAUAUUGGUAACCAAGUUCUUGUACAAGAAAUUUCAUCGCAAUGAACUCAACCAAGGGCCGCAAACUGCUGAAAUCAGAACUACAUCUUUGGGAUUUGACCGCUAUAGCGUCAUCAGUGACGCAAUUUAA